AUGACAGGCCUCUCGACAUCGUCGAACUCUGCCAACGAUGAACCCGAUGCCAACCGCCCUCGCCAUGAGCGGCCGCUCUCCAAUGUUUCUCUGCAGCCCGCCAUACUGCUAGAUGCGUCUCAAUCCACCCCGAUUCCCGUGUCUCGACACGCAAACUUGGCGCCGCCCUCGCCCUCGCAGAUGCAAGUCUCGCCGAUCGAUCGCGCCCAUUCGCCGUCGCGCCGCCAUGGAUAUUUCACGGAUUCCUCGGCCAAUGCGCUCAGGAUUUCCACUGACGUCCUUUCAACAUCGCCUGGCGUGUCCUCCUUCCCCAGCUAUCGCGAUGUCAUGGCUCCAAAUAACCGCAACCUUUCACCCAAGCGAAAUCCUUUGAACAGGACCACCUCUGCCAAUUCUUUGCAACUUGCGCGCACUCCCAGUCUUAAAGCUGCUCUGACGGGCGCCUUUACCUCGUCGAACGGCUCUAGUAGCAGCAUCUCCAGUCCUGUUAUCAACGCCAUGGGCGACGUCACCCCGUUGCCCAGUCCUCUCAUGUCAUCCGAUUCCCCUGGGCCUUGGAAGCGUCUGAAUCUAGACGCAGCCUCUCCGCCUCCAUACCGAGGCAAGGUUGACUUGAUUUGCCAACCUGUUUCGCCCACAUCAACCUCCUUCAACCCCCAGCCUCCUUCUACAUCCCCCAAGCGCAAGCCUUACAUCAUUGAGCCGCAAGACUCGACACUGGCGUCGGCGCAGCCUGCAACUUCCGCCACUCGAAAGCUACAUCACACGAGGAACCGCAGCGUCAGCGAGUAUGUGCCCGAUCCCAUCUCGAUCCAGAAGCGUCCCGUCGUCGUUUCAGGCACUCACUCCAGAAGAGACGGCACCGAGCAUGCUGAUGCUGGCCUUCGACGCGAGUCUCACUUGGCCGAGUCGCGCGGCCUUACUCCCACCGUCACCAAGCCCCCUACGCCCCCUCCUAGUGCGUCGUCCAAAGAUUCUAUGGACAGCCCGGUCAAGACGGAGGAUCCGUCAUUUGAGUACUUCAAGGCACGGAGCCGCAGUGAUCACAAAAACCGUCGCUGGAGAUCUCUUGGGUUUCUGGGCCGGGGCACGUUUAGUCGAGUGAUGCUCGCAACCAGCCAGAUUGUGCCUGAUGGCGACGGUCCAGAGAUGCUGACAGGUACACCAGCCGGAUGCCGCCUGGAUCGCAAAACUCUGGUGGCAGUCAAGGUAUGCGAGCAUGGCCCAAUGGGCGGUGCAAGCGAGGACCGCGUUGAGAUGAGCCUUAAGCGAGAACUCGAGAUCAUGCAAGCCAUACACCACCCCUCGCUUCUCGACCUGAAGGCCUGGAGCAUCGAGCCAACACGUGCAAUCUUGGUAAUGAGCUUUUGUCCUGGUGGCGAUCUCUUUGAUGUGACAACGACACAUCGCAAGAGCUUGACUUCUCCUCUGAUGGGCCGCAUUGUCGCGGAGCUCGUCUCUGCUCUGCAGUAUUUACAUGAACAGAACAUUGUCCAUCGUGACAUUAAGCUGGAAAACGUUCUCGUCAAUACCCCCCCGACGGAACUUGCUGGCACAAACAUCAACUGGUCAACAUAUCCUCACUCGAUCGUUGCCCUCGCUGAUUUUGGCCUUUCUCGUCGUUUCACGCCGGGCGAGCCACUAGAGACGCGGUGCGGCUCCGACGAUUAUGCCGCGCCCGAGGUCAUCCUGGGACAGCCCUACGAUGGCAGAGCCACAGAUGCCUGGUCCCUCGGUGUACUCCUGUACGCCCUUCUUGAGGCCCGACUUCCUUUUGAUCCCCAUCCCGCUAUGAGCGAUGCCCACCGCAUGCGUAGUCGCACUAGCCAUCGCAUCGCAAGAGUCGAGUGGCGCUGGCUCGAGUACGCGGGCGACGACGGAGAUCAUGACGGCGACGAGGCCAAGUUUGUGCGAACCGGCCUCCUCGGCGCCAUGCACAUCGUUGAAGGGCUACUGCGACGCGCUCGCAACCGCUGGACACUGGACCAGGUUGCGGCCGAACCCUGGGUAGCCGAUGCACUUUGUGUCAGCGGUGGUAUUCGCUUCAGAGAAGAGGAAGCAGGCGAGGAGGUUUUAUGA